UCUGGUAAUAGAAGUAGCUCUCCUGUCUGGAUAUUGCAGGUUCCAGUGGGGAGAACAAUGAAGACACUAAGUGGAUCUUUGUUCUUGUUUUUCUGGCUGCAGCUAGAUUGCACGAGUAGAGGAGAAGAGGUGAAGCAGAGUCCUUUCCUGAGUGUCCGAGAGGGACACAGCUCUGUUAUCAACUGCACUUACACAGGCAGUACCUCGAUCUAUUUCUACUGGUAUAAGCAAGGACCUGGAGGUCUCCAGUUGCUUAUGACUGUUUUUUCAAGUGUGGAGAAGAAACAAGAAGGAAGACUCUCUGCCUGGUUGAAUAAGACAGAAAAACAUCUCUUCCUGAAUAUCUCAGACACCCAACCUGGAGACUCAGCUGUCUACUUCUGUGCAACGAGUACACAUUGCUUCUCAGGGGUGGCCAGCCAAAAGAUAGAACAGGAUUCUCAGGGCCUGAGCAUCCAUGAAGGCAAAACAGUCGCUCUGACCUGUAACUAUACAAGUUAUUCUCCAACAUCGUUUCAGUGGUACCGACAAGAUCCAGGAAGAGGCCUUGUCUUCUUGCUACUAAUACGUGAAAAUGAACACGAAAAACAUAAAGGAAGAUGGAAGGUCACCUUUGAUACCACCCUUAAACAGAGCUCCUUUUAUAUCAGAGCUUCCCAGCCUGCAGACUCAGCCACUUAUCUCUGUGCUGCAGACACACAGCAGUGCCCUGGUAGCCACUUCCUGCACCCAAACCCUGCUUAG